AUACCGGCGAUAUUAAGUAUUCAAGCAAGCCUAGAUCGAGAAAAAGACGCAGAGAGGGGGAACGAUGAAGCAAUCUGGCGUGAAGAAGGAGAGAUCAAUGAUUACUUCGAAAGCAGAUGAGUUGCACAGAAGAUUUCCUUGAAGUCGAUCUGCCGGAGAAGGUAAAUUAAGGAGUUCUUCAACAAAUAAUUUUGUUCUAAAUGCAAGAUUUUUAUUUUUUUCAAGAUUUUGAUUUUGAAAAUAAGUUUUUUUGAACGGAGAUCAUUGACUCAUGCAUGUGAGUUUACUCAUGUAAAAACAAAGAGGUUGUCGAUUAAGAAGACCAGUUGACUUCUACAACAUAAAAUCCAUAGAGAUCAUAUUUACUAAGAGCAAUUGCCGUUUUGAUAUCCCCAUUCCCAUACGAGCAGUUUCGAUCUUCGUCCUGGGACAGGGCCGCCCAAUCAUUUAAGGUGGCCCUGUGCAACUCAAAAAAAAUCAAUGAUUAAAACCAAAAGUUAGAAUUGAACUACUCGUCUUACAAAAUUAAAGAAGAAACACUAAUUUAUAACAUUAAGAAGCAAUUAAACGAUAAAAUGAAUCAUUUAAGAUUUUAAGAUGCAAAAUAAAUAUAGAUUUCUAACACUAAAAUAAUUUCCAAACAAAUCUAAAGCACCUAAAUUGACUUCCGUGGACAAAAAAACCAGCAAAACUGAAUUUUCAUUGAGAGGAUGAAAGUAGCACGUCAAUUUGAAAGAAAAAAAACAGAGACAUAAAAAUUAAGAACUCACCAAAAAAGAAGAAGUUGAGGAAUUAUAAUCGGCAAAGGAAGAUGGUUUAUUUUCUGUAUUAAAAGAGGAAGAAUCGCAAUUGGGAAGAUGCGAAGGAAGUUUCGUUAGACAGCAGCGGAGGAACCGAAGAAGCGAAGAGUCUAGAAGUCUGGAACAACUGAGGAACUCAUCGGCCUUUUGCUUUCUUUAGUACCCAGUAAUAUACUACAUAUUAGGUUAUUGGCUUAUAAUUAUAAUUGGGCUAUAAAAAAUAUAGGCCCCUAUAUUUUAGAGACCGAAUAAUGCACACCCUUACUUUGGGUGGUUAAACAGGAUGAAAGUAGCACGUCAAUUUUUAUCAUCGCCUCUCCUCUCCAGGUUCCGCCAUUGCCGCAAGUCCGUUGUUAUUUGGGUAUCAGGUAUGUCACAAUCCCUGAUUUUUUUAUCUCAACUUGAAUUGCACAAUGUGUAAACUUUUUCUUCCUUUUAAAUUACCAAUGUGAUAAAAAUUUAAUGUUUAUGCUUCUCUUUUUGCACACAGAGAGUUAAAAAAAAUUAAGGAAGAUUAAAAAAAUCUCAAGUUCAAUUGCACGAAUUCUUACUUUAAGUAUUCUAAUUUAUGGGCAUCAAGUUAGCUUUUAUUCUAUACAUGACAUUUGAUUCAUACUCCAUUCAUACCAUUGAUGAAAAAAACACAGUCCUAAAGAACAGGCCCUUAGUGGGUAUUGGAAAGUGAGUGUUGUGUUCAAUUAGGAGGAAGGGAGUAUUACAUUCUGAAAUUUGACAGCAAGAUUGAAUAGCAAUUGCAUUGGGAAAACAAACGAGGAUAUAAAUUAAUUAUUUGUCAAAAGACAAAUAAAUACGAGGUCUUCAAGUUAAGGAAGUUUCCCACAAGUUCAUUUCACUUAUUGGAAGGACACAUCUAGAUCCUAAUUCGACCUUAUCCUAAUUCGUUAUGGAUUGAAAUAUGAUAGUAAAAACGUGAACUUAUUACUAAUCUUCUUUCAUCCUUCUAGGAAAUGUGUUUUAGUACUUGAACUCAUGUUUCUACUUUUUUCCCAGUUAUCCUUGGAAGUUCCUUCUAUUUCUAUUUGGAGAGAAGGCUGUUAGAGUGUUUGGAUUGAGGAACCCGAAAGAUAAUCCAUGGGCUGAAGGUGGUGCUGAAUUUGUGGUUGAAUCUACUGGAGUGCUCACUGAUAUGGAUAAGGUUGCUUCACACUUGAAGGUUUGAUUACCCUGGUCAAUUUUUCAUGUUUACUUUUAGAAUGUUUUUCUUUCAUUAGUAUUCCCUACGUCACCCUAGAGUAGGGAAAAUACUUACAAGCCUGGAGUGUGAUGGUUGCACCAAAAUCCGAAAUAGGGUCUCUGUUUGAAAACAACUUUAAAGCUGCUGCUGCUUCAGUCUUUCCUGAUGAUGGACAAGUCGACUCACCGUUAGGCGAAGCCCAGAAAUUAUUGGGAGGUUCUUUUAUGAAACGUGAGUUGACUUCGAGAUGUAAGAAUCACCUAGCUUCCUUAACAUGAUAAGAUACAUCAACAGAACUGUGAGGAUCCCCACUUGUCAACAACUGAAAGGGCAUAAAAAUGUAUACCCUUUCAAACUCUGAGAUGGUCAACAAUUGCAUUUUUAUUCAAGAUACAUCAAUGAGUGCAUCUCAUUGUAUAGAACUCAUGCAAGACCAUCACAGAGUUUGUUUACGACAACGAGAGUCUCCUAAAACUUGUGAGGGAUUUCUCCUAAAACGAUGUUGAUGUUGUCCUUCUAGCAUUAUCAUGUGUAAGAAUCUGGUCAUAAUAGCCAUAGACUCAUGAUUUCUGCGUUUGAUACAAUUUCUAUGCUCAGAAUGUUUAUUUUCUCUUUAGGGAUGAAAUGAAGUAUAAUUAAACUCUCUUCGGAGUUAACUCCUCUUCCAUAUGAUGUCCCUUUUUCCCUUUCAUAUUCGCAGAGCCUUGGAACAUGCUUCUUUUUCCCUUUCAUAUUCACAGAGCCUUGAAACAUGCCUCUUUUUCCCUUUCAUAUUCACAUGAAGGAUUGAUAGUUUUGCUAUUAUGGUUCACAAGAAUUUUUGGGGAGAAUACAUUUUUUUAAAGAUAUUUAGUUUUGCUAUUCUACUGCUUGCCAGUGAUAUUCUCUCUUCAAUAGGAGAAGCAGAGAACCAACCAUGUACUAUGUUAAUAUUGUCUUUUCUUGAAUCAAAAUUGAAAUGUGUAUUGUGUCGAUUUUAAAAUACCAUUAGUGUAUCAGUGUAUGAAACCACAACCUCUCUACCUUGGGGCUGAGUUGAUCUGUUAUUGUCUGCCUACAUCCUGCCCUGAUACUAUUUGUGAGUGGUAUAUAUUGGGUUUGUUUGGUUUAAUAUUCCUGGAUUGAUGUGUGUGACUAUUCAAUCCGGUAGGUUUUCCACUAAAAGAUCCAAGAAUCCAGGUGGUCAGAAACUUGUUCCUGACAAGUGAACCCGUGUCAUCAAUCUCGUGGAGAUCCUACUAUAUAUUGACUAUGGAUCUAUAUGUAUUUCCUACUCCUUACAUGAUAACAUGGGAUUACUAUUUUGAAACCCGAGAGCACAUACUUAUGAAUCAGUCAUGGGAGACCCGGCAGAUAUGGAAUAUGUAGGUUCAUUUAUGUCUUCCUUUUUUUGUAAUGCAGUGAUGGCAAAGAGUUCACAAAAAUCUACAAUGUGCAACAAUAUGACUAAUCAUGAGAAGAAUAUUUUUAUACAUGUGAGACAUUCUCUGCAUGUAGAGAACUAUCCAUUAUUUAUAGUAAUGAAGUAUUUGACAGAAAAUUUCUUCAUUAAUAUGAAAUUCACGUGAUAUGAUGAUAUUGACUGUGAACUUGGUAUUAAAUUUAUAGGGUUCUUUGUGUCUUUUGUAGGUUGAGAAUUAAGAAUUUGAAUUUUGACACCACAAUGGAGAAUGCUGUAAUGGGCUACUUAAUUUGUCAAUCAAAUACCAACUUGCAAAAGCUUUGUGCUAUGUUAUUCAUAUGCAUGAGAAAACUUUCUCAUGUAAUCCUUUAAUAUAAUAUUUGAGAGUAUUACAUGAUGACAAGUGUACUUAAUUCACCCCUCUUCUUCGUCGUCCCAAUCUCCAGCGGAAGAGGCCUCUUCACGCCUUUCCAUCUUCUUCGGGAGAAAUCCGGGAUUUAUCUUCCAUCUUCGUCCGAAUCAAUAGCCGAUCCAGGUCUACUCCCGGAUCAACAUUCCAUCUUCUCCAAGAAGGAAAGACUUCAUAUUAGGUAUUUUUUUCCCAAAUUUUUUGUGGGUAUUUAUGUAUUGUGGAGCAAAAUCGGGUCUUGCGAUUAUAUUUCUUUGCAAAAUAUUAUUUCUUUCAAAUGAUAUGGGGUCAUUCCAUGGGUUCAAAAACCAUGGUUGAGAAGAUUUGUUUUGAGCAGUGUCAAGAACCCCUAGAUGAUUAUGCCAAAAGGGCUCUUGCUUCGCUAGGAUAACAGGCUUCAAUAGAGUUCCUGGAGAAAAUAUCAGUUUGCACGAUCCGGAAAUCGCUCAGCGCUUUUAUUGUAUUUAUGGCGAAAAAGCACCAGAAUCAGCCCAGUUCUUCAGCCCAAAGCCUUCCGAAGUCUGCGCACAGAAGCUUCUCUGCUCUUUCUCCUUGCUCUUCCAGUAAUUCCACUGCAGGAAAGCCUUUCGAAGUCUUAUUUUUAUUUUAACAUAGAAGUUCACCUUUUUAGUUUUUUCAUUGGAUGACACCCUCUUUUACUAGAAAUAGUGACAAGUUUACACGCAUAAGCUUUUUACUUCUUCAACUUAAUCGUCUCCCAAGAAAGAAAAUUCCGGUUUUAGUUCCGUCUUCAUCGCAGGUCCAUCGCAAUAUGCACAUCCUUUCUUCCAAAAAUAUGCAGAUUUUUCACAUCGAUUCAUCGCUAUAGACAGAUUAUUCACGAAAGGAAAUCUCCAUAUGAUCAAGAUUACGAGAAUCUUUAAUCGUGAACAGAAGUGUUUGUGGCUUCAAGACCUAGAAAGGUCAUUGAAGAAAGGUCCCUGAUUGUGCUUGGAUUUUUUCAAUGGUUCAAGAAUUAGAAGGGCGUGAAGGACACCCUCUGGCUGAAAGUGACGACCAUGGCUAACUUCAGCUGGUCUCCGUUGGCAAGUUACUGGAAAUAAGCAGGGGAGGAACUGUGGAAUCAAAUGAUAUUGCGAGUGCGGAGGGUGGUGAUUUCGUGGCAUGUUCCAGUGAGAGCCCUCGAAAACCAAAACUUCCACAUUGUUCAUUAUGUGGACAUCCAGGAAGCAAGCAGGCUCACCUCAAGUCUGGUCGUGAGUUCUGCAGCAACACUGGUGAGGAUUGCAAGCAGAAAGCCCCGGGUUUCACAUGUAGCUAUUCAUCAUGUGAUAUGGAUAGGAAAGAAAAUGAUCAGAGAAAAAAUGAAAAUUGGCACAUUAUAGUCUGCAGAAAGAUUGCAAUGGAGGACUUUCCACAUGGUUUGAUCAUUAAUAUGUACUUGCACUAUGACAACAGACACGUCAUUUGUAGGUGAUGAUGGCCGCAAGAAGAUAUCGUGGACAAACCCAAAACUCAUAUGCAAUUGUUAUUCAGUUGGUAACUUCAUGGAUUCCUAUUCUCAAUUCUUGAUCUACCUAUUUGUUUACCAAAAUAUUUGAAUUCAUAUGUAAUAUCCUGAUGCGUUGUAUCAUGACCAAGAUAGUGCUAUUUAGUGCAAAUAUUUCUUUUUAGUGCAAAUAUUUCUUUUUAUAUCCAACACUCUCUCAUAAGUUUCACCGUAAUUCAGUUUAAGAAAAAUAGAAUGUGGGU